AUGGGCCAGUCGCAUUCCAAGGGCAACGCCUCCGGCGACCCUCUGCAGUCCUAUCCUUCGUUCUCCAAAUCCGACACCAAGGAGUCCCUCCGCUCGUUCCGCGGAUCGAUCCGAUCGAAGAUCCCUGGCGCCCGCAGCUCCGACAGCCCUCGGGGCUCUACCACCGCUCUCUCCCGGACUGAAUCCCAGACAGAUAAAUCCGAUGCUGGAUCGCUCAAAUCAGCCGGAAGCCGCCCUGGCUCCAACGCCGGCCUCCCUCAAACUCCUGGCUCCGAGAACGAGUCACAAGCGGCUUCACCCCAGCCCCCACCGUCCCCCUCGCUCUCCUCCAGCUUGCAGAGAGGCCACAAAGAUGUGAAUGCGAUGCAGGAGAGUGGCGAGGUUGACCAUGUUUCCGAAGGUCCCCUCACCGGCGGCCCCCCAACCGGAGUUGCCCCGGCUGUGGGUGAAUCGAUCUUGGUCAAGCGCGAGAAUCAACUGAACCCGAUCCUGGACUUCAUCUUGAAUGCUCCCCUGGAGACCUCCAGUUCUCCCGGAAUGGGCAUGGGAGCUUUGAAAUCAAUUGAUCUGGACGACAUGAUCUCCCGACUCCUGGACGCUGGCUAUUCCACCAAGGUCACCAAGACCGUUUGCCUGAAGAAUGCGGAAAUCACCGCUAUUUGUACUGCUGCCCGUGAGCUCUUCCUGUCGCAACCCGCCCUGCUGGAGCUUUCGGCACCCGUAAAGAUUGUGGGCGAUGUGCACGGUCAAUAUACCGAUCUCAUUCGCCUAUUCGAGAUGUGUGGAUUCCCUCCUGCAUCGAACUACCUUUUCCUAGGCGAUUAUGUCGACCGUGGAAAACAAAGUCUGGAGACAAUCCUCCUGCUCAUGUGCUAUAAGCUGAAGUAUCCCGAGAACUUCUUCCUGCUUCGAGGCAAUCACGAGUGCGCCAACGUUACCCGUGUAUAUGGUUUCUAUGACGAAUGUAAGCGCCGUUGCAACAUCAAGGUCUGGAAGACCUUCAUUGAUACAUUCAACUGUCUCCCUAUCGCUGCAAUUGUUGCGGGCAAGAUUUUCUGUGUCCACGGUGGUCUCUCGCCCAGUCUUUCUCACAUGGACGAUAUCCGUGGCAUUGCUCGCCCAACUGAUGUCCCCGAUUAUGGUUUGUUGAACGAUCUCCUGUGGAGUGAUCCUGCAGACAUGGAAGAAGACUGGGAACCCAACGAACGUGGUGUCAGUUACUGCUUCGGAAAGAAAGUGAUCAUGAACUUCUUGCAACGCCACGACUUUGAUCUGGUUUGUCGUGCUCACAUGGUGGUCGAGGAUGGCUAUGAGUUCUACCAAGAUCGCAUUCUGGUCACCGUUUUCUCUGCACCCAACUAUUGCGGUGAAUUCGAUAAUUGGGGAGCCAUUAUGUCAGUCUCUGGUGAACUUCUUUGCUCCUUCGAACUUUUGAAACCCCUGGAUUCGACUGCCCUGAAGAACCAUAUCAAGAAAGGCCGAAACAAGCGCAACAGCAUGCUGAACAGUCCUCCCGCGGCGGUAUCGGCCCAAAGCUUCUAA